AGUAGAUUAUAGCUAAGAUGUUACGAUGCCUGUGUUGAAUAUACAAGCAGUGUUAUCAGAGGUGUUAGAAGUGCGUGAAGGGCCACUUAGUGAACCUGAGCUUUGGAGUAUACUAUGUCUUGGUACAGAGGCCCUUCAGGAUUUAUUCUUAAAAGAUGUUGGUGCUGGACAUCAUGAGAGGGGGCCAAAAUUUGCCAUUACUCCCUCCUCUCUAACUCUUACCCACAAUGGUAGGGUCAGAUUUGUUACUACCCAAGGGCUUGAUUCCCUGUCCCCUGACAGCCAGUAUAUCCCACCAGAUAUGGAUGAUGUGGAAAUGAAUGAAACUAACAUUGAGAAGAUGUACGUGUAUAUGUUGGGCAUGACCCUCUACUCCGCAGCUGAUUAUACCCUACAAGAGUCUGAGACCCUCAAUCUGAGCAAGCAGCUUGAUCAGUUACUAUGUGGUAUGUGUGAGGAGGAGACUAACAACAGAGUUGCCUUGGUGCAUGUUCUACAGGCAUGCAGCACUGAAGGACCUUUACAUCUUAAUCAACUCUCAUUUGUUCAUUACAACAUACAAAUGUACAAGCUUUUGUUAGGAAGUCAGGAGCUGGAUUUAUUGCCAAAUUCUGAAGAGGGGAGUCCAGUCUCAAAUGCUAAUGUCUCAAAGCACUCAUCUGUGAAUGCAGCUACUCAACACUCACCCACUGACCUUUAUAGUAGUAGGUCAAGGUCAAAUUCAAGGUCAAGGUUAGGAGGAUAUGGAGUACAUCCAUCUUCAAGCAGCCGGUCUCAUUCUUUGCCAAAUAGUAAAAAGAAAAAUGGCGCUCUAAUGGAUCGUUACAUUCAUGACACUGCCAGAACAUUACUUCACAGAGACAGUCUUGAAAGCUCUGAAGACUAUAGUAACACAAAAUACAGAACUCUGUCUCCUCGGCAAAAUUCUCAUAAGCAUUUAAGAGGAUCUCAUAAUUCUUCAAACAAUAUAUCAAAUGGGUCUUCAGCACAAGGCAGAUCUUAUCAUUUGUCAGAUAUUUCAUUAAAUUCCAACCCAAGUCAUUUACAAAGUCGGACAUUAGGGAUUUUAGAGGCAGGUAGACAGUCUCGGAAAUCUAGACACGAUACAUAUAAACGUUUAAAUGAACGGAGAAAAAAAUUGCUAAUUUUACGGCGUGGACUUGACAUUGAAGAUUAUACUCAGGGAGAUGUUGUAUCCCUCGCUAGUUAUUCAACUGAUUAUGGGGACAGAAAAUCACUGAUUUCAGCAACAUCAUAUACACAUGGUAGCUACAGGCCAGAUCUUUACCUGAAAUAUGGCUCAGAUGUGGCGCUACAUCUAGCAAGAGGUGUAGGUCAGGAAGAUAGUGAGUCAAGUGAUGAGGAUGAUGUCUCAUGGUACCAGCGUGUACACGAAGCUCAACAGAAACAAAAAUCAAGGCCGCAAGCACCUAUGUAUGAUAACUCAAAAAGAAGGACUAAACUUCCCAGACCUUAUACUCCCACUCAGGAUCCAAGUAGUAAGAAAAAGAAGAAAACCGCAGGCCCCAUGGUUGUGUCUAAAACACAAACUAAAGGAGAAAAUAAAGAAAAUACAAAACCAAUACAAAAGAAGAAGGUGUAUUAUGGCCCUGAGUUCAUUGUGAAUAGUAAUGAACCGUUCAUUGCUGUUGAACUUCCUAGUAGACAGAAAACUAAAGUAAAGAACCUAAGAGAAUUUACAGUGGUUCUAUUAAAUGGACAGAAAUUAGCUGCUCUUUGUGAUCCGACAACUCCUUGUAAGGAGCUGCUUGACGUUGUUGUGUCGUAUCUACGUCUGCCUGAGCACUACUUCUUUGGUCUGACACACAUAAAAGAUGGAGAGCAUUGUUUCCUUGAGCCAACUUCUAAACUCCAGAAAGCUAGUAGAGAGGGGUGGAAGACCAAGGGUCAGGCAGGGAUGCGGGAGCCAGACAGUACAAUGCUCUACUUCAGAGUUAAGUUCUAUGCAGAUUCUAUUGAGUCAAUCAGGCAUGACACAACACGCCAUCUAUUCUAUCUGCAACUCAGAAGAGAUAUUCUGGAGGAACGUUCCCAGAUCACACCAGAACAGGCAAUAAAACUAGGUGCUCUAGCUGUACAGGCAGAAUAUGGGGACUAUGAUGUUGGAGCUCAAACGCAACCAAACUAUUGUCAAAUAGAGCAUUAUGUGAGCCAGAGAAUCAUACAGCAUUUGGGCAGUGUUUAUAUCAUGGACAAUCUAUCUACCUCUCACUGGGAAAACAAAGGACUUCUUGACCAUGAGGCAGAGAUGGACUUCAUAUCAGCUUUUAUGAAAACACCAGAAUAUGGCAUACACUUUUACCGGGUGUUCCGUAGAAAGAAUGAAACAUCCAGCCCCCUGUGGGUAGGGGUAUGUAGCCUGGGGGUAUUGACAGCAGAGACCAGGGGUGGGCAUAGAAUUAUCACCCACAAGCACUCAUGGCAGAAUACUCAGAAAUUAUCCUUCAACAGAAGACGGUUCAGUGUGUUGCCAAAAUCUUCAAGUGGGGCCAUGAAACUGACUAAAUUAAGCUAUUAUACAGAUAGUUACCGCAAGGGUCAAUACUUGCUACAGUUUGCCACAUCUCACCAUGUGUUUCACCUUAAGAUGCGGGCAAGAGCACAAAGCUUUGAGAGGUUUCAACCAAACAAUGGCCACCAACAAGAAUCCCCUGAGCCUGUUCAAAGUGGAAGUCAGGUCCCUGAUGAUACUAGGCGACCACGGUACAGUCAACAAGAGUACAGUGAACAGCCAGAUACUCUCUCUCAAGGUGAUGUUGAUGAUGCUGAAGAUAUGGUUGACUACUUCAAUGAUGACCUUGACAGCUAUGAAGAGAGUGACCAGGAGAUGCCCAAUGAUGACCAGAUGGACAUACAUGAGGUGUCAAAUGACCAACACCACGAGCCCAAUAAUUCUACCAAGGCAAGUCGCACCAGUAAAUACUCAAAUCGUACACCUAUGUCAUCUCAGCGUCCCCCUUCCAACACAGACAGCACACCCCCAGAGCCACCUCAGCGUAGCAGUGCCUCCCAUUAUUACACAGAACCUGAGGGGGCAUAUGGAAGACCCAAGGGGGCACACUCUAGACUGGAGGGGGCACACCCACAUGCAGGUCUUCAUUCUUACAACCAAAGAGGUCAUGCUCCAACCUACGAGAGCCCCAUGAAAACACCCAAGGCCUAUGUAGUUGAUGAGAGUGUCCAUUCUGUUGAUAAAACACUCCUUCCUGCAGAGGAAACUAUAAGUGAUUCAUUAUACAGAAGAAUGGACAAUAUCCCAUCUCCAGAGGUGCCAGAACGGCGCGUUAUUGUCGUUGAGUUGACGAAGGUGGUGCCAUAUGGUAUAGGGCUUACUAUAGUAGGGGGAGAGAGUACCAACUCACUGGAUCUGGGAAUAUUUGUCAAGUCUAUCAUACCUGAAGGCCCAGCACACAGAGAUGGUCGAUUACAGGUUGGGGAUAGAAUCAUUGCCAUCAAUGGCCAGAGCCUUGAGGGGAUGGCCCACAAUGAAACUGUAGGGCUGAUUAAACAGUCCCCUGGAGUGGUUCAACUACUCGUAUCUCAGCUUGUUCCCCUCAGAGGCACCCCAUCACCCCUUCCAGUAGUAGGCUCUUCCAUGGAUACUCACAUGGCAGGAAGAUCUGUGAUGUCAAAAAUGGAGACCCCACAUUCAGGAAGUAAUGCAAGAUCUCAAAAUAGUGCCUAUCGCCAACACCAGAGGGCAGAGUAUGAUAAAGAUAAUCACACAGGGAAUUAUGGGAACACAGAUACGGAAGUUGAAAUGAUUUUACCUCAGGCAAGAACAAUUCCUAAACCUCCACGGAAAUCCUCGAAAUCCAGAAAUUCUGCAGACAUAUCAAAUCAAGGAUCUUUCAUGGAAAAACCUCCUAGGAGAGCCCACUCUGGAUUUUCAUCCCCAAGAAGUAAAGUAGGGGAUCAAUCUCAGGACAUGUCGCAAAAUAAGCCAGUCCCUGUGACCAAUCAAAACAGUCUUCCUGAACAGUCUAUACCUCCACCUAUUGGGUUCAACCAACAACAACAGUCUAAAACAGGUUAUGAGAGUGAAGAUUCCUUUGAGAGUGACAUAGAUGAUAUGGAGGCUUCAUAUGGAGCAAUGAGGACAUCUAUUGAUGCAGACCCUGAAGACAAUGCAUCAUCUUCAGAUGAGGAACUCCCUGGGUUGCAACAUGUGAACCCCUCGGAAUUGAAAGAAGGGGAUACAUAUAAAGUGGUGCUUCAUAAACUUGCUGGAUCUCUUGGAUUGAAUAUAACAGGUGGUGUAAAUACAAGCGUUAAACAUGGGGGUAUCUAUGUGAAAUCCCUUGUCCCAGGAGGAGUAAGUGACAGGGAUUCAAAGAUCCAGGUUGGGGAUCGUGUACUAGAGAUUAAUGGCCAGUCUCUAACUGGCUUUACACACAAACAAGCUGUUCAGACCCUCAGAGAAUCCCCUGAUGUCUGUACCCUUUAUAUGGAGAGAGGUGUCCUGCCAAAGAACUCGAGGAUGGAGACCCCAAAGCCAAUGACCCCCAGCCCAUUCCCAUCUACUUCAACUCCUACACGUAAUACUACAGAGGGGACAUAUUCUUCCCCAGCAUUGACAGUAGGAAAGGAAGCCGAGUUUACUACUUCAGAUGCCACCCAGUCUUAUCCAAGUCAGGGCCCUACACCAUCAAACUCAAACCCUGAUACUGCUCAGCAUACUAAACAACCUGAAGGAGCUACACCCAAGAGGUCUUUGUUUGUUACCCCUGGGGAAUCCAGUUAUUCCCAAAGUCCUAAUACAACAGUAGAAGAGGAUAUCUCAUCAUCUAAAUAUAUUCCCAGCCAGAAUGUGAACAAAGUGGACAAGCCUAGUAGAGUUGAUGAACAUGAGAGUUAUAUUCCAACAGGGCUCAAGCCCAACAAUAUGCUCAGUGAUACCAGAGAUGACACCAGGACAACCAGAGGUGACACCAGUCCUACCAAAGGUGACAUCAGUACUACCAGAGGUGACAUCAGUACUACCAGAGGUGACAUAAGCACUACCAGGGGUGAAGCCAGUAAUAACAAGACUGAUCCUAAAUCUGUGCAGGAUGAUUCAAAUGAGUUCAGUUUGAGUCUUGGUGACAGCUGGGAUUCAAGUCCUGAUUCUACUCUUAAUGAUUCAUUUAUGACUGAUACUCCAAAAGAUAUCUCUAACCCACCCAAUAUACCCCCUUUACCUUUGUCCCCACCCCCGGGCACGCUACCUCCAUCCCAAGGGAGCCUACCCCCAGCUUCAGAUAUUGACAAACAGGACGUAUCUGAUAAACCCCGUGAAGCUCCUGAUUUUCCAUUUGUUACAAAAGAAAACACCUUUGAUGUGCCUCUACAGAAAGGAAGUCAGGGAUUGGGAUUUAGUGUUAUCGGAGGUAGAGGGAGCCACUCUACAGACCCGUUGCAAUGCAUCGCUAGAAUACGUAAAAUAUUUCCCCUUGGUCCAGCUGCGUCAAGUGGCAAAAUGGAGGUUGGCGAUAUAAUCCUGGAGGUCAAUGGGAAGAAGCUGAAAGGGCUUUCUCACAAUGAGACAGUAACUCUACUACGUACUACACCUUCUGAAGUGCACCUUUUAUUGAGUCGUCCUGAUCCUGGUGUGCUACCCCCAAUUGCUGAUAUCCAUGAUGUUUCCUAUGAUCGUGACAUCAUGUCAUCUCCAGUGAAAUCACCACCAAGUCAAUCGGUGGUUCAGUCCCCAUUAUUAACCCCGAAGACAAAAGAGAGCAAAAUUAACAAUCAGACAGCGAACAACUCAAAAUUGAACAAUAUUAGUUCUCCUGGUGGAAGUGCGAUGACAUCAACUUUAAAUUCUCGCAAUGAAACUCCAACUUUAGAGAAAACGGAAUCUCAGUCUGUUGGUCAAGAAUACAGCCAAACACAAUCAAGCUUUGCUUCAAAUAAAUCUGUUGUCAAAUCUCCUGAUAAGAAUUCCCGUCAAAGCUCUUUCCAGAAACAAUCAAAUGUUAACAGUGAAACCGAAUCUGAUUCUGAAUUUGAAUUCAGUCUACCUGAUUCAUCUGUUACUGCAACUCCCCAAACUCAGAGUGAGGCUGCGACCCCUUACACUCGAAGUGGCGCUGUCACUUCAGAAUCCAGCUUUGAGUCGUCAUAUGAUGAAUCAACAACAACUACACCAAGGCUUAUAUCACGAGAUGCUAGCAUGAAACAAACAACAAAGACUCCUUCUAAUAGCACCAAAAAUGAUGAACACGCAUCAACGGAAAAGGUUAUGUCACCUAUUCGGACCCCUGGUGCUAAAAGUGCAACAGAUUCAACUGCAAGUUUUAAUGUGAUAUUUGAUGACAAUAAGGAAUAUGCGAGGGAUGUAAUGACGCCAUCUUUACAUGAUAGUAGCCAAUCGUAUAUUGAAUCUCCACCACAAGGGGGAUUAAAGUACGAUGAUAACCUAAAACCAGGGGAGUUUGAAGUCUCCCUUACAAAAGCAGACAAAGGAGGUCUAGGAUUCACAGUAGCAGGGAGUUCUGGGACAACAGGGGGCUGCUUUGUCAAGGCAGUGGUACAAGAGCCUGCUCUCUCUAAUGGCAGGAUUAGACCAGGGGACAAGCUUAUACAGGUCAAUGAACAGGAUAUGAGAGAUUUCACUCACGUUGAUGCUGUAUCAUAUCUCCGCAAAACUCCCCAAACUGUCAUCAUACGUCUAUUCCGUGAUCCAUCACUUGAUCUUGACAUUACUACCUCCCCUGAGAAGAGUCUUCAUGAACCACCACAUAGACAUUCUACACCUCGGAGAAAGUCUGACUCAGAUAGCUGGUCCACCUCAGAUGAGGGUAGUUCUGGUGUUCCAAAGAUCUCCGUAAAAAAUAUGAUCAACAACUUUAACAACAGUGCUUCAUUGAUCAAACCUAAGGACUAUAAAACUCAGGACGUUAAACCCCAGGACAGAAAUUCCUUGGAGAAUGAGACAAAGAAUGAAGAUAUUGAUGGAGAUGGUAGUAAACCUGGUUUAUUAUCACCUGGAGAUAGGAAGGAUAAGUCAGAUUCUCGAGACAGGACAUCCAGUUUCUCAUCAUUUGGUGACGUCAGUUUGCCAUUAUCUGGUGGUGAGGAAUCAAGUCAGAAACCUAGUGAUGACAUUACAACUAAGAAGGGAAAUGUAUACCAGCCUGAGAGUGGUCAGAUCAUCAUAGAGUUGGAAAAAUCCCAGGUUGGAGGUCUGGGGUUCAGUCUAACUGGAGCAAAGAAGGGAAUAUUCGUGAAGACAAUAACAAAGGGAGGUCCAGCAGAGAAAGAUGGCCGCCUCAGAGUUGGGGAUAGGAUUCUUCAGAUAAAUGAUGAAACGGUGAUUGGCAUGACCCACAGUAAGGCAGUAACAAUCUUAAGAAAGGCAAAGAACUCAGUUGUCUUAGCAGUGUCAAGACCUAAAGAUGAUCCUUCAAACAAUUUAAGAAAACACAGUGGGGCAUCUCAACCACAAACUGGUGCUCCCUCCCCCAGGGAUCCCCCCUCCAGGCCAGAGUCUAGGGAGGAUUUCUCUCUGGGGUCUAUGAUCUCAAAUAAUCAGACAACUGAUAGUGAACUUGACUUUACAUUUGAAAUCCCAGAAGAUAAGACACCUUUGAGAAAGCAUUCUGAUUCCCAGGGACAUCCAGUUGCUUCCACCCCGGAGCUUUAUCAAUCAGGGACAGGCACUGGGACAUAUAACUCAGGAGCAGAAGAUCGUAUUCAGAAGUAUAAACUUCCGCCCCUCCCCAGGGAUCCACCCCCAGAUUCAGACACUGAUUCUGACAGUUCCUGGGGAGACAAUGAUAGUGUACCCCUCCCUGGAGACGAAUCAUACCAAUCCAACAUGUCUGCCAAUGACAGCAUAUCCGCAGUGACUGAAAAGCUGACAGAUGAUUGGUUGGAUAAUAUGGAGAUUGUUAAAACAGUGGAUGGGAGGUUAUACUCUGGUAGGGCAUUGGAGAACACCAUUGGGCAGUUGAAGGGAAAGAUAGAACAGGAUGACCCAAUAGAGGAGUAUAAAGACCUACGUCAAGUGAAGGCCACGGAUCACUGUAGUGUGGCCAAACAGGCCAAGUUUAAGACAAAGAACCGAUAUAGGAAUGUUCUACCAUAUGAUAAGAACCGAGUUCAACUAUCUACCACUCCAGACUACAUCAAUGCCAGCCACAUACGCAUUCAUAUAAACAAAGACACACUUCAUUACAUCGCAUCUCAAGGACCCCUUCCAAACACCACUCCUGACUUUUGGCAGAUGGUCUGGGACUACAAGGUCAAGGUCAUCGCCAUGGUGACAUUGGAUGUUGAAGGAGGGAAGGUGAAGUGCCAUAGAUACUGGCCUGACUCUGCAGUAAGGCCUAUAACUGUAUUUGACAGGUACGAAGUGUCUCUAGUAAAAUUGAUAGAACUCGAGAAGUUUGAUGUCCGUCAACUGAAAAUGACCGAUCGAGAAUCGGGAACAUCUCACAAUAUUGUACACCUGAAUUAUACAGGCUGGCCUGACCAUGGUGUACCACACACAGCCAGGAGUAUAUUACAGUAUGUGCAGUUGAUUCAUACAUUCAACAGUGGUGGACCAAUCAUUGUUCACUGUAGUGCUGGGAUUGGUAGAACAGGGGCAAUCAUUACCAUAGACACAGUGUUAGCUAAUAUACAAAGAGAUCACAGGUUUGAUAUCCAUGAGAUAGUACAUACACUACGUAAGCAGAGACAGGGGAUGAUACAAACUAAGGAUCAGUAUCUGUUCUGCUAUUCUGCUGCUUCAGAAGCUCUGCAGUUUCUCCUUAACAAAGAUGAGGGUAAAAAGUGAUGAAUUAUUCCCAUUGGUUAUAUAUUCAGUAGGAUGGAGAUUAUUUAAAUUAUUAGAUCAUGUAUCAAAAGGUACAUGAUGUACCCUGCACACAGAGUCUAGUUAUAAACUACCCUUUGCCUAGUAUAGACUAUAUUAGUUGAAGGGAUGCAAAGGGUAUACUAGUAUCUAAUGGGAUAGGAUAUGCAUGGG